GAACUAUUGAAAAGCGGAUUUAAUGUUUGUAUCAAUGUAAGUAUUGUUAUGAUUAUUACUAAGUUACCCCCUUCAGCAAAAAAAAAUAAACAGGAACUUCUACCUUGUAGGUAAUAAUUUGUUUUAAAGCUGAAUGCAAAAUAUUUUUCUACCCCUUAACCUCUAAAUGUUACUCUGGUAUAUAGGCAGGUUUUGUUUAUUAAACGUUUUUAUUUAACUUCACCUGUCUGUCAUACGACUACUGUCACCUGUAUGACCAGUGCUAGUGCGCGAAAUUAUCAUGAGCUCUUACUAGAAAAUUCACAAGAAGUGGAAGAUUCCAAACUGGCAAUGGCGUUAGUAUUAGCUAAUGCUCAGUCAAAUCCAACAGACGAAAAAUCAGGCAUCUAUAUGAUAUAUGGAGAUCCACUAAUUUUGGAGGACGUAACGAGCUAAGUGUGUUAAACGUUUUGCAAAAGAAGUCUAUCCAAUAUAGGGAAAGUGGAAUGGCUAAAAUAGCAAUUAGAGAAAAUCCACUUACUGUUGUCAUUUUAACUCCAAUAAUGCUACUUGCGCAUAAAGAAUGGUUUUUCAGUGAAGUAGUAUUCGUAGACUCUAGUGGUUCCUGCGACCAGACUAAUACGUGCGUUACAUUUAUGUUUAGUGCUUCAAAAAUUGGGGCUAUACCAUUGGCUUGCAUCUUACACACCGCACAAACCGAAGCAAAUUAUUCCCUAGCAUUCAAUUUAUUAAAAGAAACUUCCAGAAGACUCUUUUGGUAAUUCCCCUUAUCCACAAGUAUUUAUGACAGACGAUAGCGCAGCGGAAAGAAAUGCUCUAUUAUCUGUAUUUUCUACGUCGGAAAAUGAAAGACCUGGGCGUUGGUUGUGGGAUAGCCACAAUAACAUUCUGAAAGAAAACCGAAGAUAUGUAAUGAAGUUGUUUCAACAUAUCAUGUACGCUUUAACAGUUGAAGGCCAAUGACUAUUUUAAUGAAUUUAUGAAUGACAGUAUCGUUCAGAAAUAUGAUAACCUAAAAACUUACGUAAACAAAUUUUGGGUACGAAAGGAAGAAUGGUGUUUGUGUUUUAGAAAAAAUGUGAUGACGAGGGGGAACAACACAAACAAUUUCGUAGAAUCUUCAAUACGCAUAUUCAAAGACAUCGUUUUACAACGAUGCAAAGCAUUUAAUAUGUGUGCCUUAGUCGAUUUUAUAGUCAAUGUUUUUGAGUCAUACCAUAAAAUACACAUCUUAUUAUUUGCCAAUAAUCGAUCAACGAAAAAUAAUUUUCUGUACAUGAAAUUUUGUGGCAAAAUUCAAAAUAUGAAUGUAGAAAAAAUUAAUGAAUACAUGUAUUCAGUAAGUAGUAAUGCAGACCAAUCUUUAAUAUACACAGUGGAUAUCGAUUUAGCAAUGUGCAACUGUCCUGUUUGUCCUUAUGGCUCUAGCGGUAAGUUUUGUAAACACCUUUGUGCUGUUCAAGAAAAAUGUGGUAUAGUUUUUAAAAAGGCUCCGUUAUUAACUACAAAUGAUAAAAAAACACUUGCUAAGCUAAGUCUCGGAUAUGACGUUUCUGAAGAUUUCUUUGAAAAUAUGGAUGCUAGCUCUAAGGAAUGUGAUAUCAAAAAUAAUAACAGCAAUAAAGAAGAAAGUCAUCAUGAGAUAUCUUCAAUAACCAUUACGCAAACGGAAGAUGGCGAAGUUAUUGAAAAGAAACAUUUGUCCGCUAUUGAAGAGCUAAAUUUAAAUUUCAUAAGGCUUACAAAAAUGGCUUCAGAAAAUAGAUCUGUUGAUUUAACAAAUUCAAUUAUAAAAUUGAAUGGGGCUCUAAAUAAAAUAAAAACACCUUCACAACUGGCAACGUUUUUUUGUAACGUCAGAAAAACGCGACAUUCCGCAAAUAUAGGAGUGCAACCUGGAUCAAUUAGCAGGCGUAAAAAAAGACCAGGCCUUACUUCUGGAGCCAAGAGAGUUCAGUCGGGAAGACCCUCAACUCAGGAAGGGGCAAUUACUAAAAAACGUAAACGAAAUUUGGGAAAAAGUAUCACAGAAAAUAUCCCAAAUGCUAAAUCACACGGUAGACAUUAACCUAUAAGACAUUAACCUAUAAGAUAAUAUACAGACUAUCCUCGGCGGAUAGGGUUAAAAGAGCACAAAUGAACCAAAAAUUUUAUUUCUCGGCAAGAA